CGCGCCAGAUAAUUUCCGGUGGGGAGUGCGCUGAGUUGCGGAGAGCAGGCUCCUGCGGUGGCGACGCGAUGACCACUCUCCGGGCCUUCACGUGCGACGACCUGUUCCGCUUCAACAACAUUAACUUGGAUCCACUUACAGAAACUUAUGGGAUUCCUUUUUACUUACAGUACCUCGCCCACUGGCCAGAGUACUUCAUUGUUGCAGAGGCCCCUGGUGGAGAGUUAAUGGGUUAUAUCAUGGGCAAAGCAGAAGGCUCGGUGGCGAGGGAAGAGUGGCACGGGCACGUCACAGCUCUGUCUGUUGCCCCGGAAUUCCGACGCCUUGGUCUGGCUGCUAAGCUUAUGGAGUUAUUAGAGGAGAUUUCAGAAAGAAAGGGUGGAUUUUUUGUUGAUCUCUUUGUAAGAGUGUCUAACCAAGUUGCAGUCAACAUGUACAAGCAGUUGGGCUACAGUGUGUACAGGACAGUCAUAGAGUACUAUUCGGCUAGCAACGGGGAGCCCGAUGAGGAUGCUUACGAUAUGAGGAAAGCACUUUCCAGGGACACUGAGAAGAAAUCCAUCAUACCAUUACCUCAUCCUGUGAGGCCGGAAGACAUUGAAUAACCAUGAGCAGUGGUUCUUAGGCUGAUGAUGCUCCAGAUAUUUUAUGGACAAUAUUAUUUUCAUUAGAUGAUCCUGGAGCUCUAUUAGGAGAAAAGGGAAUUGUUUAGAUCUUAAAGACUUCAAGAAAAAAACAGGUUAUAAACUUGUCUUGUUUCCUAUUAGCAAUAUCAUACCUUCUAAAGCUGUCCACUGUAAUAAAAUUCAGCCAAAAAAGGCAGCUAGGUCAAAAGGAAACAUUCCACUGUUAUGGUUCAUAAUGUAAUAUUCAUGGUAUGCUAGGGAAAAAGCUUGCUCCAAUCUCCUCCUCAAUUCUGUGCCUGAGAACCACUGCUGCAUAUAUAUUUUUUAUUUUGUAUUGAACUGUUAAUUGAAGCUUUAAAAGCAUAUAUGGAAUGUGUAAAUCUAAGAUGUAUAAUAAAAUGCACUGUUGACUCGA